AUGACUGGCCGUGGCAAGGGAGGCAAGGGUCUCGGCAAGGGUGGCGCCAAGCGUCACCGCAAGAUCUUGCGCGACAACAUCCAGGGUAUCACCAAGCCCGCCAUCCGCCGUCUCGCCCGUCGUGGCGGUGUCAAGCGUAUCUCGGCCAUGAUCUACGAGGAGACCCGUGGUGUCCUGAAGUCCUUCCUGGAGGGUGUCAUCCGUGACGCCGUCACGUACACGGAGCACGCCAAGCGCAAGACCGUCACCUCGCUGGACGUCGUCUACGCGCUCAAGCGCCAGGGCCGCACCCUGUACGGUUUCGGUGGUUAA